UCGGUGCCGCAGCUGUAGGGAGGGGAGGCCAUUUUCCGUUCUUUGGGAGAGUGCGGGUAAGGGGAGGGUGAAAAAGGGCUGCGCCCCUUCCUUGCGUGGACGGACGGGCGGUUUCAGCCGGCUGCUGAGGUCGCUGAGGGCCCGAAGGCGAUGUUUUCCCUGUCGAGCACGGUGCAGCCCCAGGUUACAGUUCCUUUGAGUCAUCUCAUCAAUGCCUUCCAUUCUCCAAAAAGCACAUCAUCUUCUGUCAGUGCAUCAGUUUCUCAAAACCAGCAUCGAGAUGUGAUUCCUGAACAUGAGGCUCCCAGCAAUGAGCCUGUGCUUAACUUAAGGGACCUUGGAUUAUCUGAAUUAAAAAUUGGACAGAUUGAUCAAUUGGUAGACAGUCUACUUCCUGGAAUUUGUAAAGGCAAAAACAUUUCUUCCCAUUGGCAUACAUCUCAUGUCUCUGCACAGUCCUUCUUUGAAAAUAAAUAUGGUUAUAUCGAUGUAUUUAGUACUUUACGUUCCUCUUGCUUGUACAGACAACAUUCAAGAACUCUGAAGAGCAUUUGUUCAGAUCUUCAGUACUGGCCAGUUUUCAUACAGUCUCGGAGUUUUAAAACGUUAAAAUCAAGGACACGACGUCUGCAGUCCACCUCUGAAAGAUUAGCAGAAACACAGUAUAUAGCACCAUCAUUUGUGAAGGGAUUUCUUUUGCGGGACAGGGGAUCAGAUGUUGAGACUUUGGACAAACUCAUGAAAACCAAAAACAUACCUGAAGCUCACCAAGAUGCAUUUAAAACUGGUUUUGCAGAGGGUUUUCUGAAAGCUCAAGCACUAACACAAAAAACCAAUGUCCGCUUCCGGACAACAACGGGGCUUGAUUCUGCAGUAGAUCCUGUCCAGAUGAAAAAUGUCACCUUUGAGCAUGUUAAAGGAGUGGAGGAAGCUAAACAAGAGUUACAGGAAGUUGUGGAAUUCUUGAAAAAUCCACAAAAAUUUACUGUGCUUGGAGGCAAACUUCCGAAAGGAAUUCUUUUAGUUGGACCACCAGGAACAGGAAAAACCCUUCUUGCCCGGGCUGUAGCUGGAGAAGCUGAUGUUCCUUUUUAUUAUGCUUCUGGAUCAGAAUUUGAUGAGAUGUUUGUGGGUGUGGGAGCCAGCCGCAUAAGAAAUCUUUUUAGGGAAGCAAAAGCGAAUGCUCCUUGUGUUAUAUUCAUCGAUGAAUUAGAUUCUGUUGGUGGGAAGCGAAUUGAAUCUCCAAUGCAUCCAUAUUCAAGGCAGACUAUAAAUCAACUUCUUGCUGAAAUGGAUGGUUUUAAACCCAAUGAAGGAGUUAUCAUCAUUGGAGCCACAAACUUCCCAGAGGCAUUAGAUAAUGCCUUAAUUCGUCCUGGUCGUUUUGACAUGCAGGUUACAGUUCCAAGGCCAGAUGUAAGAGGUCGAACAGAAAUUUUGAAAUGGUAUCUCAAUAAAAUAAAGUUUGAUCAGUCUGUUGAUCCAGAAAUCAUAGCUCGAGGUACUGUUGGCUUCUCUGGAGCAGAGUUGGAGAAUCUUGUGAACCAAGCUGCUUUAAAGGCAGCUGUUGAUGGAAAAGAAAUGGUUACCAUGAAAGAACUUGAGUUUUCCAAAGAUAAAAUUUUAAUGGGGCCUGAACGUAGAAGUGUGGAAAUCGAUAACAAAAACAAAACCAUCACUGCAUAUCAUGAAUCUGGCCAUGCUAUUAUUGCAUAUUACACUAAAGAUGCAAUGCCUAUCAACAAAGCUACAAUCAUGCCUCGAGGGCCAACACUUGGACAUGUUUCCCUGUUGCCUGAGAAUGACAGGUGGAAUGAAACCAGAGCUCAGCUGCUUGCACAAAUGGAUGUUAGUAUGGGAGGAAGAGUGGCAGAGGAGCUUAUAUUUGGAACUGACCAUAUAACAACAGGUGCUUCCAGUGAUUUCGAUAAUGCAACUAAAAUAGCAAAGUGGAUGGUUACCAAAUUUGGAAUGAGUGAAAAGCUUGGAGUUAUGACCUACAGUGAUACGGGGAAACUAAGUCCAGAAACGCAAUCAGCUAUUGAACAAGAAAUCAGAAUCCUUCUGAAGGACUCAUAUGAACGAGCAAAACAUAUCUUGAAGACUCAUGCAAAAGAGCAUAAGAAUCUAGCAGAAGCUUUAUUGACCUAUGAGACUUUGGAUGCCAAAGAGAUUCAAAUUGUUCUUGAGGGGAAGAAAUUGGAAUUGAGGUGAUCUCUCUUGAAAUGGGUCCGUUGCUGGUUUUAUUGCAAGAAUAUAAGUAGCAUUGCAGUACUCUCCUUUUGCAACACUUCUCUCCCAUUUUUGACCUGGUAUCACUCAAGUGUGUGAAACACUUUAUCAACCUUUUGUCACAUUUAUCUACUUUUGGUUAUUCUCAUGAUGACACCUAUUGCAAAUUAGCAAUCCAUAGCAACUAUGUUAAAGAAAAUAAAGAACUAUCAGGAUUGAAACAGCUUGUUUGAGAAAUGUCCAUCAGUUAUUAAGUUGCACAUAAAUAAUGAUUUUAUGCUGGGUUACUCUACUAGAUGUAAAUAAAAUUGUGCCUUGAGCUCCUUGGAAGUCUUUUUACUUAGAAAAAAUGAAAUUGUUGAAGAAUUGUCCUCAUUUCUAGGUAGUACCAUUGAUCUUUGAUAAAGAAAUGAUGCUGUUUGGCUGCUGGUACACCAUAUUUCUACAUACAUCUGUGGAAACUUCAUUAAGAUACACUUAAUUAUGCUCCAGAUUGUCCACAUAUAAAAUUGUGUUUAAAAAAAAAAUCUUAAAAAUAGUGAAUUGUAAAUGUAAAGGUACAAUCAGAAUUAAGUGAUUAUAAACUUUUAAAAAUGUACCAUGCAUUUUUGUGGUUUUUUUUUUUUUAACAUUAUCAUGGUCACUAAUGAAAUUUAUUUCAGGACUGCAGUCUUUUGAAUAAGUAUAUAAUGAUGCUUGAUAUUGAAAGUAAAAUUAGAUCAAAAGCUCAGUCCCCUUCAAAAUGAACUUUUGAAUUACACUGUAUCAGAAAUGGGAAAUUGUGUUUGUUUUUCAUUCAGAUUUUGUGAAUAUGAACAUGCUGUUACAGGAUUUACAAAUUUAUUUAACUCAAUAGAAAAAUUAGAGUAUAUUUUAUUGCUUUUUAUAUUUAACCAAAUUAUAUUCUUGACGUGAUUUUAUUAAAAUUACCUGUAGUUUUCUAAUAACUUUUAAGCUGUAUAUAGUCUUCAUUGAGGAUGUUGAUUGCAGGAACUUGCCACAUGAUAUUUGUGCCCCUUUUAAAAAAAAUAAUUUUAAAUUUGAUGUAAUUUCAAACUUACAGAAAUGUUAACAGAAUAAUAGAAGUAACUUCCAUUUACUCUUGA